AUGGCGCCACCUAGAUCCGGUAUGCCACGUGGAAGAACCCCUUGGCUGAUUGGAGCUGUCGUGGGUACGGGCGCUCUGUUCAUUGGCCUAAAGUGGAAAGCUGUGCUGGCGAGAAGUGAAGCUGCGAAGAAAUCGGGGACGAAAGAGAUCAAUUAUUCUGUGGCUCCCAAUCGAAGUGGUGGCGGGGUUUGA